AGAAGACCCCAUAAGAGGACUAGAUAAUAUGGCAUGUUGUGGUAGGCUAUAGAUAGAGUUCCUGAUCUGGUUGCCUUCAACAAGGUGUGGUGGUUCUGCAUGCCUAAGCGAGAACUGCGGAAGCAACCUCCUUGCGCUAGUGAUGUUGACAGCUAUUGUCUGUACACUGUAUCUCUUCACAACAGAUACGGCACUCUGGCGCAGUGAAUACCGCCAUAGCUCCAGAGCAAAUCAAAGAACAAUCUUCACGUCUUGGAAAAUUGGAAAAAGAAAAUGCCCGAAGGCGCAAAACCGAAGAACAAGAAGCGGAACAAGGGGGCUGUCAAACCCAUGGAAUCUGGGGAACCAGCUGAACAUGAAAGCUCUAAGGAAUCCUUGGAGGUGGAAGCCAACGAUGCUUUGGAGGCGAUACAGUCAAGUGAGGACACAGACAACCAAAGUGCCAUCUUAAGACACGGAACCGGAGACUCUGCCAACGGGACCAAACCAGACAUCGGCGCGAUAAUUGAAGACCCAGAAAUGCCCAUCGCUGAUGAUAAGACUUACCAUGCGGACAAUGGAAAGAGAUCAGCUAGCCCGGACAUUCUUAAGUCAAAUCAACGGCUCGAUGCCCUUGUCCGAGAUAGGGAUACCUUGCGCGCCGAAGUGAUAGAUAUGCGGAAAUCAUUGGAGGGCUUACAGUCCAAGCAUCGCGCAGACAUGGCGGCCCUACAGGAGAACUUGGAAAAUGCGGAGAGCAAGAAGGAACAUGCGGAGUCACAGUUCCAGAAACUCCUAGAAAGAGUGAAUACCAUCAAGUCGCAGCUUGGCGAGAGGCUCCGGGAAGAUGCUGAGGAGCUCGCGCAGGCGAAAUCAAGGAUCGAAGAAUUGGAGGGCCAGAACCUAGGCUUGCAGGAAGGGCUGCAGUCGAAGCUCUCCGAUCUGGAACGGGUCUCAGAAGCGAACAACAACAUGUUGAGAGAGUUAUCAACACUGCGAGACCGAACGAACUUAUCGCAGCAGAACUGGCUUAAAGAAAAAGAAGAGAUACUCGAACAGGAAAACUAUCUGCAAACAGAGUUUGAACAGGCUAAGGAGGCCAUGCACAAUUGGGAGGUGCUAGCGAUGGAGGAGCGGUCUAUUAGGGAGAAUCUGGGAGAGAAAGUUAUAGAUCUUGAGGAACAGCUUGUGACCGUCAAAGGCGCAUAUGAGAAAGCCGCUUCUGAUCUUGACUCGCAGGUAGCCACCGUGGAUGGAUUGCAGCGGGCGUUACAAGAGAUCCAAGCAGCACGUAAACAAGAACUCCGGGAGCUUGUAGAAAGCUCCGAUAUUCAACUCGAAGAGCUGAAGAAACAGCUUCAUGGCGCAGAGAAGAGUUCCUCGGAAGCCAACAAGGCUCUCCAAGACGCUCAAAACGAGCUCGAGCGAGUGCGGCCGUUUGAGAAAGAAGUCAAAGAGAAAAACCUCUUGAUUGGAAAGCUCAGGCAUGAAGCGGUGACACUAAAUGACCAUUUGACCAAGGCGCUGCGGUUCCUCAAGAAAGGCAAGGCGGAGGAUAACGUCGAUAGACAUAUUGUUACGAACCAUCUUUUGCAUUUUCUUGCUCUUGAUCGAUCUGACCCGAAAAAGUUCCAGAUCUUGCAGCUUAUUGCAGCGCUCCUGGGCUGGACUGAUGAACAGCGUGAGCAGGCAGGACUGUCACGCCCUGGGACCUCCAGUAGCACGAUGGGUAAGCUGAGGGUCCCAAGCACUCCUGUUCACCGUACGCCUAGCAGCCAAGCUCUAGCUACAGAGUUCUUGGAUAACAGCAACACGAACAAAGAGUCACUGGCAGAGCUCUGGUCGAAUUUCCUGGAGCAGGAGUCGCAGGCUGCUGAGAAUAUACACCCGAAGCCGUGAAUUAGGGCCUAGUAGAUCAACCCAGUGGUCAGGAUCUCUCCACACACCGAUUAGUGAUGAAUAUAGUAGUGGGGCAGUGUGUUUGUUAAUAUAUGUUGAAGGAUAAGCAGGAUCUUACCG